AUGUUGACCAAAACAGAAAUUUGUACAUGUGUGACACGUGUGGAUGAGUGCCCCAUGAUGUCUCCUUUCACUGUAACGAGGAGAGUAUUCCUGCCACGUGGCGACAGCUGCCACAGAUUAGAUAUGGUCCUCUUCACGAGCCUCACUCUUUUUUGUUUCCUUACUCCUUACUCCAACUCCUCGCAUUUCCGCUCCCGCUCCCGCUCCCUGUCACCGUCGCCUUGA